AAGAACGAGAGAGAGAGAAACUUUCCCCAGACGCUUUUGAGUUCUACAAAGCUGCAUUCCUCGCUAAUUCUUCUCCUUCACAAGUUGGACAUGAAGCUUGCAGAAGACACCCGGAGCAGCUUAAAAGAAGCCAGGAAUGGACAGAGUUGAGAUUUAUUCACCUAAGGAAGAAGGCAAGGCAGCGAAGAAAGAGAAAGCGCAAACUGCCACAGGAGAACCUCCGGGCUGUUUUUCCGUGACUUCACCUCCCAAACAACAUCCCUUGAGGUUGACCCCUUUGAACUUGACAUCACCAUGACAUCUCAUGGCUUCUGGGACCUGUGGGCUUUCCUGGGCUUUGGUGUUUUCCUGCUGGUCCAUGGGCAGCAUCCCCAGGGGGGCAACACGGAUAGUGGACACUGGAGGCAGAUGAUCCAGUGGGAGAACAACGGCAGACUGUACAGCCUCCUGAAUUCGGGCUCGGAGUAUGUCCCGGCUAGCCAGGUGAGGGCAGACAGCAGCACAAGGGUCAUGCUGGCCGACGCCGCCCCAAACCAAGGCAGGAGGGUUCCAGGGAACACUCGACGGCAAGCCCCCACCUUGCCAGUCAGGGCAGGAUCUGACACCGUCCGAGGACAGACACGGCAUCCAUUUGGCUUCGGACAAGUCCCAGACAACUGGAGGGAUGCAGCCACCGGAGACGGUACCUCCAACUCCCAACGGCCUUGGUCGCCCACCGCUCGGCAGCGUCAGCUUGGCUCGGCCUCUUCUGCCUCUGCCUCCUCCUUUUCGCAUGCCUCAUAUGGGCAGCUCUACCCCCAGGCCUCUUACCCUCAGCCGCCGUACGUCAACCAGUAUGAGACCUACGACCCGCAGCAGGUGCCCCGCGCCUACGACGAGAGCUACACCUAUUAUCGCACGACAGGAACUGGUGGGGGCGCUGUGGCCGCAGCGGCUGCCAGUGCAGGAGUCGUAUACCCUUUCCAACCCAGGGUGAGAUAUGAGGAGUAUGCGGAAGACCAGAGUCCUCACAGAGCACAAGGAUACUACCCCACCCAGGAGAGACCCUACGUGCCUGUUCCCCAACAACUUCCACCGGCAGAUGGCUUAGACAGAAGAUACUCACACAGCCUCUAUCAUGACGCUGGAACGAACUAUGACCAAAGUGUCCAGGACCCUUAUGCAUCCACCCAGAACCAACAGUCUGUGGGCCAAGGGGUUCCUGUAGCAGACAACUUGCACAUCAACCCAGGGUCUCCUGUCAAUGCCGGCACCAGGUACGGGAAUGAGCAAUGGGCAGGACAAUAUCCUCCAUUUCAGGAUGUGCCAGCGGAGCCGUACGUUCCUCCUCGCAAUGUGGAACCUCAGCCCCCUUUCCGGCCCUUAGACCCCCAUGGGGUCCCUAGGCCCGAACCUUACCUUCCCAUCCGGAACGCCGAGCCUCCCCAGCAGAUUCCAGAGAGCCAAGGUGUUAACCAAGCCCGGGUGAGCGUGGGCAGCAUCUACAGACCCAACCAGAAUGGACGGGGCCUUCCUGACCUCGUGCCUGAUCCAAACUAUGUCCAGGCUUCCACUUACGUCCAAAGGGCUCAUCUCUACUCCCUCCGUUGUGCUGCAGAAGAAAAGUGUCUUGCCAGCACGGCCUAUACCCCUGAAGCAACAGACUACGAUGUCCGGGUACUGUUGCGCUUUCCCCAGCGAGUGAAGAACCAGGGCACGGCCGACUUCUUGCCCAACCGGGCUCGUCACACCUGGGAGUGGCACAGCUGCCACCAGCAUUACCACAGCAUGGAUGAAUUCAGCCACUAUGACCUGCUGGAUGCUGCCACAGGCAAGAAAGUGGCAGAGGGCCACAAGGCGAGCUUUUGCCUGGAAGACACCACCUGUGACUUUGGGAACCUGAAGCGCUACGCCUGCACAUCACACACCCAGGGUUUGAGCCCUGGCUGUUACGACACUUACAAUGCUGACAUUGAUUGCCAGUGGAUUGACAUCACAGAUGUGCAACCUGGGAACUAUAUCCUAAAGGUUCAAGUGAAUCCCAAAUACAUCGUGAUGGAGUCCGACUUCACCAACAACGUGGUGAGAUGCAACGUCCACUACACCGGGCGCUACGUUGCCACGACGAACUGCAAAAUCUCCCAGUCCUGAUCCCAACCAGGUUGGUAGAAGCCUCCCCUUUUCCCCAAUCCCACAAAAUCCAAAUGUCUCUCAAGCUGGUAGU